GGAGAAACGAAACUUAGCACAUGUUGGUAGAUGCCGGUAGGGACGCGGUUUCACUGGAAAGUGUUCGAUGUUCCCCUUCGUCCUCCUCCAGUGAAGACAUGUCGGUGGUCUCUGUCUGUUUGUGUGUCUGUGCGCGCUCACUUCCGCCCACUAACUUCACUGUUUGCUCACUUUAUGAACACAUCAGUCCGCCUGCUGCUGCAGCGCGAGCAGCACUCAUCCCGGACCAUAUCCGUGCUAAAUAAUUAUGGCAGGUCUCGCCACGGGUUUCACUUGGAUCCUCGCUUUGCUUUGUGCUGCAGGAGGUCACCUGUCGUCAGCCUCACCUGUCGUCCGCUCGGCCCUGUUGGUCCAGGACAGGCACAACGUCUCGCUGACCUGUAACCUGGCGUCCAGCUCGGACGUCACCUGGUACCACCUGCGCUCAGAUCAGCUGCUGCCUCUGCUGACCGUCGCACCCAGCAAUGUGAGGGAAGACGUCGUCUCUUAUCACACCGCAAACUCCAGUCGUGUGACGGUGGUGGGAGCUGUGAGCAGCGGGCUGGUCGAUCUGCACAUCCUGGAGGUGAAGGAGGAGGACGCCGGGGUGUAUUUCUGCUCUGGACGCUGUUCAGGAGCCGUUUGUGUGAGCAGAGGAGUCCGUGUGGCUGUGGAAGGAGCAGACGUGGAGUCGAUCGGGUGGCCAUGUUGGAGUGUGGGAUUCUGUGUUGUUCCAGCGUCGCUCACCCUCUGUGCCGUCAUCAUCGUAGGAGUCUACCUGUGCUCAGGUCGACCAGCUGUUUGCUGCUGCCCUUCAGUGAGGAGCAGCUCGAGUGUGAAGGUCGAAGAGGGGGAGUCUUUGCACUAUUCCAGUCUGAACCUCGCACACAAGCCCCGCCCCUCUGGCAAAGGAGCGACAGGAUUGGUCACAGAGGAUGUCACGUACGCGACGGUGGCCAGUCGCAAGAGCCCACAUGGAUCACAUGACCACAGAUAGAGCAGUUCGUGUUUUAAACAACAGAAAAAGCUUUGACUAUUUUUUGAAGUUUCUGUUUUAGUUAAAGCCUCUCUGUUUUGGUGUUUCCGGAAACGAAACUCUUAACUGUGCUUCUCUUAAAAACUGUGCUAUGACCGUUUGAAAACACUUUCACGGACCUGUUUCAUGUUAAAGGGACAGUUCGCCCGCUUCCCUGUAGUGCUGUUGAUCCAUGUGAUAGCUUUGCGGAGUGUUGGAGAUGUCGGCUCUCCUCACCGUGAUGGAUCCAGAUGGCAGCAGACCUGGCAGGACGACAGGCUGAGGACGGAGCGGGAUGUGAACUCGUCCCCGGCUGAGCUGUAGCGUUAGCUGGCGUAGUUAGCCUCUGAUGGUUCAUACCUGAUAUGGAUUGACACGUAGCUCCCGCUGUUUGUUAGCUCCUCUCGUCUGCUGCUGUUGCUCAUAUGAAUCUUAAUAAAUGCAUUGUGAUGAAA